GCAGCAGGGACCAGCCAAGAUGCCAAAUCUGCUGGUGCUGGCACUGGCCCUCCUGGUGAACCUGGGCCACGCGGCCCCUGCCCCAGGCCAGGCCCUGGAGCGAGAGGGCAUCGUAGGAGGACAGGAGGCCUCUGGGAGCAAGUGGCCCUGGCAGGUGAGCCUGAGAAAGAACACUGAAUACUGGAAACACUUCUGCGGGGGCUCCCUCAUCCACCCCCAGUGGGUGCUGACGGCGGCGCACUGUGUUGGACCGGACAUUGAAGAUUUCAGAGACAUCAGGGUGCAGCUGCGAGAGCAGCACCUCUAUUAUCGAGACCAGCUGCUGCCCGUCAGCAGGAUCCUCCCCCACCCCUACUACUACACAGUUGAGAACGGGGCCGACAUUGCCCUGCUGGAGCUCCAGGACCCUGUCAACAUCUCCAGCCAUGUCCAGGUGGUCACUCUGCCCCCUGCCUCUGAGACCUUCCCCCCGGGGACGCCGUGCUGGGUGACAGGCUGGGGCGAUGUCGACAAUGGAGUCAGUCUGCCACCUCCGUUUCCCCUGAAGGAAGUAAAAGUCCCCAUUGUGGAAAACAGCGUUUGUGACAGGAAAUACCACACUGGCGUGUCCACGGGGGACAACAUCCGGAUUGUCCAGGCCGACAUGCUGUGUGCAGGGAAUAGGAGGCACGACAGCUGCCAGGGCGACUCCGGAGGACCCCUGGUGUGCAAGGUGAAGGGCACCUGGCUGCAGGCGGGCGUGGUCAGCUGGGCCAACAGCUGUGCUCAGCCCAACCGGCCGGGCAUCUAUACCCGUGUCACCUACUACUUGGACUGGAUCUACCAGUAUGUCCCCAAGGACUCUUGAGCCCCGUCCCCAGGGCUGCCACCUGGAUCAGCAGAGAAGCCAGCCCCCUCCUGUCCCCACACCACUGCUUCCUGUCCAGGUGGUGUCCUUCCCGUCCCCUGCCCAGAGCCACCUCCCUGCACGGCCCAGGGAGCAGGCAUGGACACUGGUCCUCAUUAAAGAGCAUGGAAA